GUGUCUUGUACUGCAGCAUGCCCCUUCAUACCAACAAGUUCAGUUGAACCACGCAUAAACACCGAGGACAAUAAUGCCUCAGAAGCACAACGGGACACGUAUUCUAUCAAUAUGGCUGAGGCCGUCUUUGCCGCCUCAAGUCUUUCUCUCACCUUGAUUACAACUUUUAUCGCAAUUCUCGACUAUAGAGCACGAGUAAGGGCUCGCGCAGAAACACACAGACAAGAGCCCAUCGGUGAAUCCCGAAAUCCAGUUAACGAUGAGGCUGGAAGGGAAGCUUGCGAUGCUCUCGCACAGCCAAGCCAAACUGAGGAGACGGGUGCCUCUAAUGAAACUCCUCUUGUGACCCUCCCGGCAGUAAAAGCCCCAACAGACCCUCCCCCAUUACCAAUACCGGCUGAGAGGCCCUCUCGUAGCUAA